AUGGGUACCGGACUACAUUCUCGUCACGACAAAAAAAAGAUAAGCAGCAGCGACUUUGCACUACCUACAACUAACAAUAAAAGUCCAACGAAAGCGGUGAGUAUAACAUGGCCGAAAUGCGAGUGCAAACAUGGAAUUGCGAUGUUCGCAAUAAGAAGCCAAGCGUUGCUGAAGGUGCCUUAUUUGGAGUAG